AUGGGUAUCAAUGCGUUCUGUAACAACAACACGAUGGGUAUCAAUACGUUCUGUAACAACACGAUGGGCAUCAAUACGUUCUGUAACAACACGAUGGGUAUCAAUCGUUCUCUUAACACGAUGGGUAUCAAUACGUUCUGUAACAACAACACGAUGGGUAUCAAUACGUUCUGUAACAACACGAUGGGUAUCAAUACGUUCUGUAACAACACGAUGGGUAUCAAUACGUUCUGUAACAACACGAUGGGUAUCAAUACGUUCUGUAACAACACGAUGGGCAUCAAUACGUUCUGUAACAACACGAUGGGCAUCAAUACGUUCUGUAACAACACGAUGGCUCCCCUUUCUCUCUCUCUCUCUCCAGAGGCAGAGCAUGGCUAUGCAUCAGUGUUGCCCUUCUACUGUCCAGGGGACUCUGAAAAGAAGAGUAGGCAGAAGAACAAGAGGCUGCAGGCUGCCGGUAGUAACAGGACAGUCCAUAAUGAGUUGGAGAAGCACAGACGUGCUCAGUUGAGACACCACCUGGAACAGUUGAAGCAGCAGGUUCCUCAGGUGUCUGACUCCAUGAGAAACACCACCCUGAACCUGCUGAGACGGGCUCAGACACACAUCAAGAAGCUGCAGGAUCAGGAUGAACGUGCAGAGCAGUUGAAGGGUCGUCUGCGUUGGGAGCAGAGAGAGCUGAGGGUGAGGCUAGAGCAGCUCCAGGGACAUGGAGGCCUGGGGGGUCUGACUGGUCUGGGCCCUGGGGGUCUGACUGGUCUGGGCCCUGGGGGUCUGACUGGUCUGGGCCCUGGGGGUCAGGGAGGAGCUGGAGCAGUCUCAGAGAGGAUGAGGAACGACAGCCUGGGAUCAGCAGCCAUGUCCUCUUCAGAGAGAUCUGACUCUGACAGAGAAGACGUGGAGGUUGAUGUGGAGAGUAUAGUGUUUGACUGUCUGGACUCUGAUGGACUGGGGACGGUCCCUCACUCAGGCACAGAUCACUGUUACUCCAGCAGCCUCGCCUGGGCCGGGCUAUGACCUACCUACCACUGUAUACACACGCCUCUGGGAGGGACACACACCGGCCUCUGGGAGGGACACACCGGCCUCUGGGAGGGACACACCGGCCUCUGGGAGGGACACACCGGCCUCUGGGAGGGACACACCGGCCUCUGGGAGGGACACACCGGCCUCUGGGAGGGACACACACCGGCCUCUGGGAGGGACACACACCGGCCUCUGGGAGGGACACACCGGCCUCUGGGAGGGACACACCGGCCUCUGGGAGGGACACACCGGCCUCUGGGAGGGACACACCGGCCUCUGGGAGGGACACACAGGCCUCUGGGAGGGACACACCGGCCUCUGGGAGGGACACACCGGCGUCUGGGAGGGACACACCGGCCUCUGGGAGGGACACACCGGCCUCUGGGAGGGACACACCGGCCUCUGGGAGGGACACACACGCCUCUGGGAGGGACACACCGGCCUCUGGGAGGGACACACACGCCUCUGGGAGGGACACACACGCCUCUGGGAGGGACACACCGGCCUCUGGGAGGGACACACCGGCCUCUGGGAGGGACACACCGGCCUCUGGGAGGGACACACCGGCCUCUGGGAGGGACACACCGGCCUCUGGGAGGGACACACCGGCCUCUGGGAGGGACACACACGCCUCUGGGAGGGACACACACGCCUCUGGGAGGGACACACCGGCCUCUGGGAGGGACACACACGCCUCUGGGAGGGACACACCGGCCUCUGGGAGGGACACACCGGCGUCCUACGUCGGACUUUAAAGGGACGAGCGUUGGAGUGACGUCACUUGACGUAAGACGCCGGGGACACAAAGGACAAAAAAAUAAGGAAAGAAGAGAAUGAGGAACAACCUCAACAUUACUGAACAGGAGGAACAACCUCAACAUUACUGAACAGGACAGGAGGAACAACCUCAACAUUACUGAACAGGAGGAACAACCUCAACAUUACUGAACAGGACAGGAGGAACAACCUCAACAUUACUGAACAGGAGGAACAACCUCAACAUUACUGAACAGGACAGGAGGAACAACCUCAACAUUACUGAACAGGAAAGGAGGAACAACCUCAACAUUAAUGAACAGGAGGAACAACCUCAACAUUACUGAACAGGACAGGAGGAACAACCUCAACAUUACUGAACAGGAGGAACAACCUCAACAUUACUGAACAGGAGGAACAACCUCAACAUUACUGAACAGGAGGAACAACCUCAACAUUACUGAACAGGAGGAACAACCUCAACAUUACUGAACAGGACAGGAGGAACAACCUCAACAUUACUGAACAGGAGGAACAACCUCAACAUUACUGAACAGGACAGGAGGAACAACCUCAACAUUACUGAACAGGAGGAACAACCUCAACAUUACUGAACAGGAGGAACAACCUCAACAUUACUGAACAGGAGGAACAACCUCAACAUUACUGAACAGGAGGAACAUUACUGUACUGGAGGAACAUUACUGUACUGGAGGAACAUUACUGUACUGGAGGAACAUUACUGUACUGGAGGACUACACACAACAACAACCGGGGAAAAGUGAUCACUUUUCAAAACAUUUGACUUGAUCUAACUUCUCGUUCAGCUCUGACUUACUGUGAGCUGGAUCUGUUUUUAAAAUAUAUAUUUUGCUCAAAUCUCUGAGCAGGUUUAAAAAAAAAAAAAUAAUAAUAAUCUUAGUCUGACCUCUUAAACAGCAUCAAA